UGGUAGCAGGUUCCAAACAGACAGCUGACCUCCCCCAGCGAUGAUAUCCCUUCCUGUAAUGUGGGCCUUCCGCAGUAGUGUGAGGUGCUGGCGACACCGGUCUGUCCUCAAAGCGGUUCCGGGGGCCUCGGACAAUAGUGUUUGGCGCUGGUUCUCUUCCCCAAAUCGCAGCGGUGUCACAGGCAUGGAGGAGAUACUGACGAGGGUCGUCGCACCGUUACCUACAUACGAAACUAGAGAGAAAUACCCGCCUCCCCCCGAAUCAAACAGCGUAGACUUUAUGCGCUUCUACACAAGUCUCGACAAAGAAGACAAACACAGUUUCCUGUCAAAGCUCUCCAAGGACUUCGGAGUUGACCACAAAAGCGCCACGGAGCUCGCCGUGAAGCUGCUGGACACUCAGCUGCGGGACCUGGCGACCAUUUUGCAAGUUGAAGACAGGCUUCGCUACAGCUUGACUCCCCGUUAUAAACAGCUGCUCAAUCACAUAAGCAAGGUCGAGGGUGGAGUGAAGUUUCUGGUAGACCUCCGCGCCGAUGUGCUUGAGAUAAUCUCUUCUAAAGGCAGCGAGAGCCCACACAUCAAGGACCUGAACGGCACACUGAAGAGCUUGCUCUCCGAGUGGUUCUCUGUCGGUCUGCUGCGCCUGGAGAGAAUCACCUGGCAGUCUCCGUGUGAGAUCCUGCAGAAGAUCAGCCAGUACGAGGCGGUGCACCCUGUGAGGAACUGGGCUGACCUGAAGCGCAGAGUGGGGCCGUACCGCCGCUGUUAUGCCUUCACCCACGCCGCCAUGCCGGGAGAGCCUCUGGUUGUUCUGCACGUGGCCCUCACCGAGGACAUUUCGGAUAACAUACAGAGUAUCGUCCGCGAGUUCUCAACUCUGGACUCGGAGGAGGACGUUAAUAAGAUAAAUGCGGCCAUCUUCUACUCCAUCUCCUCCACCCAGGCUGGUCUACAGGGUGUCGAGCUGGGCAACUACCUCAUCAAAAGGGUCGUGCGAGAGCUUCAGAGCGAGUUCCCUCACAUGGCCCAGUUCUCCAGUCUGUCACCCAUCCCAGGCUUUUCCUCCUGGCUCCUGGGUCUCCUCAGCCAGUACAGAAAGGAAAGCCGGGGCUCUGACCUCCUCUCCGAGCAGGAGUGGAAGGAGGUGGAGCAGGUCACCGUCUCGUCCUCGGGAACCCCGUCCGCGGACGCCCUCCGCAAGCUGAUCGGCACCAGCGAGUGGCUGCGCUCAGAGAGGCUGACCCGUGUCCUGGAGCCCAUCCUGAUGCGCCUCUGUGCCUGGUACCUCUACGGGGAGAAAAGACGGGGCUACGCUCUCAACCCGGUGGCCAACUUCCACCUGCAGAACGGCGCCACCAUGUGGCGGCUGAACUGGCUCGCCGACACCAGCCCGCGGGGUGUGGCGAACUCGUGUGGCCUCAUGGUGAACUAUCGCUACUUCCUGAACGAGACGUCUAAAAACAGCUCCCUGUACCUGCAAAAUAAGGUUGUGGUGGCGUCGGAGCAGAUCGUCGGACUUGUGUCGCAGUUUCAGAAGAACAGCAAACUGUGAGGGAGAACAAAGACGAGGAGACGCCCAACAGAUGUCACAACAUGUGCACUGACUGAACUUUAUUGUCAUUUUGUUCAUCUUUAAUUGAAACGGACAUUGGCUCAUCUUGUGUUUGAACUGAACUCGCGCUCGUCCCUUCUUCUCUACACUGAGAGUAUCGGCUUCAUCUUUGUGGCCCCCGAUGCAUUUUUCCUUGCAGAAGGUGUUUGAUGUUGUGUAAGUGUUUUCCAGGCUGAGAGGGACUGUAGCUAAUGGAGCGCGAGACAUCCAUCAGCGCCUUUCUAUGUUCGUGGAUAACGGUGUGUAAUCGUGUAAAAAGUGAGUGCAAGCUACUGGAAAAAAAUGAUGUUUAGAUGCGUUGUGUCUCACUGCGAACACGUUGUAGAAUUUUGAUUAUUUUCUUUUUCUCUUUGGGUUUACACGCACUCGCUGGCGUGACGUCUCCGGAAAUAUUUAUUUCUUCUAAAAGAACUAAACGAAAGCUGCCUUGUCUUUCCACCGAGUGUCAUUUAUCACUGCUCAUACUUCACAGUUGACUGUGCUAACGCUGAUCCACUGAGUUGGAGCCUCCUGGUGCCUCCAAUCAGGUGGUAGUUUUCAGAUAAUUUUGACUGCACACACACACACACACACACACACUACUAACCUCUCCAGAGAGCCAUCACUGAUGUUCUAACUACUCUGUACAGGUGCCAAGCAGGGCUCAUACCAGCCCACACCCCAUUGUUGUGAAAUAAUAUAUCACAGCAAGUUGACUGUGAAAUUACAUUUUAUCUCUCCAGGGAGCCAACCUUUCUUUUCAUUUUUUUUCAUACUCUCUAACCCCCCCCCCCCCCCCUUUUCCUCUGCCAGUGCUGCUCUGUGUCCUAGAAACUAAUGGAGUGAGAAAUAAAGUUAAAGUACAAGGCUAGAUUGAUGGUGUUCAGUUGUGAAGAGGGGGGGCUGGGGUAGGAGGGAGGGAGAAUAAAGAAGCAUAAAAAGGACAGUUGUUUAAAGGAUGCCCUUGAGAGACAGCGUCGAGUGUCUCUGGAGAUAUUGGAAACAAUAAGGGGCCCAAUACAUCUCUGUGCACUGAUGCACUGUGUGUGUGUGUGUGUGGACCUGGCGAAGAGCGACUCUGUCAGCUGUGUCUCACAAUGGAGAAGGAUGAGCACUGUGGUGUGGGUUGCCAUGGAAACGGCAAUGACAUAUUCACACACUUGUUUUGAUUCACCUUUGCCCAGACAUGACUGAAGGUAGUGACCACAGAGCGAGAGAGAGGCUAAAGUCCAGUAGUUUUUAAUUAUAAAAAUCCUAAUUUAUUAUGUCACACAGCGACACUUUUCUCCAAAGCAAGUCAGUUUGGUAUUUCCACCGGGACCGAGAAGACAAAUUGCUCACAUGGCAAACGGUUAACGGCACUGAAAUUUGAUUUAUAGACGUCUGCCACUGCUAAAUGAAAUGAUACAAACCUCCACUGGGGAGACUUUUCAGCGCAUGAGUCAAUUACUACAAAUAACUGAUUGGAAGGCUUUUAAUUAUUUAUUUUUUUUCAAAGGUGCUGAUGAUAAGAGUGCUAAUCAUGUCCACGUUCCCCGUGUUAAAUAGAGGUAAUUUGAAAACUGCAGCUCAAACGACCGGUGUCUGAACAUUCAAUUACAUCCUGAGCAGCAAAAACACGAUGAAGCUUU